UUACGAUUUUCCAACGGGAAGCAACUGCAAUGGCAGAGCAGUCCCAAUUUUUGGUUUGACAAUUUUCGGGCUUCCUGCACCGAACCUCAGUACCCUUUCCAGGAUGCAUGAGGUACUGACAAUCCAGCUCGGACAAGUUGCCAACUUCGUGGGCACACAAUUCUGGAAUGCACAGAAUGAGUAUUUUGAGUAUGGAGACCAGGCAGCAGAGCCCGAGUUCAACCAUGAUAUUCUUUAUCGUGCUGGCACAAAUCAAAGGGGUAUUGAAACAUAUACUCCUCGAGCACUGAUCUACGAUUUGAAAGGCGGCUUUGGAUCGUUGAAGAAAUACAAUAAGCUCUUUGAACAAGAGUCUGAAACAAAUAAUGAUUCAUGGGGCGAGAAAGUUGAAGAAUAUAAAACCACACAGUAUCCCAAAAACCGAUUUCAACAACAUUUGGAUAAGAUGGACGAGGGCAUUGAGGAACCAAUUGAAAAGGAAUUGGAUCUGGACGACAGCGUCAAAGUAUGGUCGGACUUCAACAGCACCUACUACCAUCCAAAUACCUUCAAUCAAAUCAAUAGCUAUCAGAUGGGUAACUCCAUCCAACCAUUUGAUACGUAUAACACAGGAUGUCAGGCCUAUGAUGAAAAUGAGAAGGAAACGGAUAGCUUCGAUGAAACUUUUCGAUUCUUCACCGAAGAGUGUGAUCAGUUACAGGGAUUCCAAAUUAUGACCUCUGUGCACGAUGGCUUUGGAGGAUUUACCUGUGGGCUAUUGGAAAAUAUACGAGACGAGUAUCCCAAAGCAUCCAUUUUGACGUACGGUAUAAGCAAUAUACAGCAAUCAUCAACGCAGAGGAAUAUACAAAGGCGAAAUCUCAACAUGACCAUGUCAGCGGCUUCAUUAUCCGAGUAUUCAUCGCUGUAUGUUCCUAUUCAGUUGCCUGACGCUGCUGACUUGAACCGACCAUGGACUCGAUAUCUUUCCUACCAGCCACAUCUCCUCUACCAAACCAGCGCCAUAGUUGCAGCGGCUAUAGAAUCGGCUUCUAUCCCUUGGCGCUUGAAGAAGCGGACAGCACUUAUGUCCGAAGUCAUCGGUGCGGUCAAUUGGCAGGGGAAUCAUAACAUUGCGUCUUUGGGAACAUGUUUCCCACUGGAUAUUGUACAAGGAAAGCAAUACACAAGCGUAGAUCGAAAUCUCCCGAUUGAAGCUGGUCGAUUUAGCACAAUUAAAAACUUUACGGUAGACGAUGCAAAGAAAGAAGACGAAAUUUUUGGAGAAUCUACCGUACUGCGGGGAACUCCAGAUAUUGGAUCACGAACCAACAGAGAUAAAUUUAUCGAAGACACUUUUGAGCGCUUAAGCGGUGCCGACGCACCGUAUAAGCAAAGGUAUUCAUUUCCCACCCUGACGCGUAGUGUGUUUGCAUGAAAUCAUAAACUGAAUUUGGAUCAACAGAACGGUAGCCAGCACUGGUGUACCCUUACCACUAUCGUUCCCCAAUAUCAUAACAUCUAACUAUAAUGGCUACAUAUUGAGCAACGAAGAGUCACUGACACCUAAGAAGUUCGUGUCGGGUCUCUCUCAACUAAGUGUAGGUACUCACAUGUACUCAUACUUUGAGAAACAGCAGCAU